GAGCUUUUGUCAACAUAACAUAAUCCUAAGCCAACUACAAUGGCUUCGCUUGUCAACUACGACUCGUCAGGCGAUGAAUCCGACAAACCCAAGUCCACAACAUUCACAUCAGCAACAAAAAUAGUCGCCGCUCCAGAAGUCAAUACAGAGGAUUCUUCUAGCUUACAACUCAUCGCCGGCGCCGGAAAUUCAACAGCCCUAACUUACAAUGCCACAUAUGACGACCUAACGCGACCGGCACAAGGUCCCGUGAACCCAUUCAAACCCAACGGCGUCGGAAACGGCCUCAAACGCAAAAAUGUGCCUACGGGACAUGCAGAGGAGGCAGCUAUCAGUGAAGCUACUUUUACAGCACAACACCACACUUUCCAGAGUCUGGGGUAUACCCGUGACCCCAGCAGACCGGACGCGUUUGUCGGCGAUUUGGCUCGAGCGGCGCAAUAUGGUGGACGGGAUUUUGUGCAAAUGAAACCAUCAAGGGAAGCCUCGGCAGCGUUGCGACGGAAAAGGCAGAAAAAGGGUGAUGCUAGUAUUGUUGAUGGUGAAGGCGCGUAUUUGGGUCCCUGGGCGAAAUAUGAGAAUGAUGAUCAGGUUUAUGAAGAGGAGGCUGCGGAGGCUGGGUAUGAGCUUGCGAGUGAUGAGGAGUUUGUGGAGGAGGAAGAUGGAACGUCGGUGUCGAAGUUGCCGACUAUGGCGACUGAUUAUCAAGAUGAUGCGUCGCAGGCGGAGACUACGGAGUUUCAUGGCAGUGAACAGUUUGAUUACCUUGGACGGACUUAUAUGCACAUUCCUCAGGAUCUUGAUAUCGAUCUGAAGAAAGAACCAGGCAGCACCAAGAACUUCAUCCCCAGGAAAUUGGUGCACACGUGGAAAUCGCACACAAAACCUAUUACCUCACUCCGCUUCUUCCCUGGAUCAGGCCACUUACUACUAUCCUCUGCUGCCGAUGGCAAAGCCAAGAUUUGGGAUGUAUAUCAUCAACGCGAACUUCUGCGUACCUUCUCUGGACACUCUAAAUCGAUUAGUGAUACCACUUUCCAUCCCACAGGCAAAACAUUCCUCACAGCCUCGUAUGACCGACAGAUCAAACUAUGGGAUACGGAAUAUGGUAAAUGCAUUUCUCGCUUCAGCACGGGUAAAACACCGCACGUUGUACGCAUCAACCCUGAUCCCGAGCACAGCCACGAAUUUUUGGCAGGAAUGUCGGACAAGAAAAUUGUCCAAUUCGACACUCGUACAGGUGAAAUGGUGCAGGAAUAUGAUCACCACUUAGCGGCCGUGAACACUAUUACGUUUGUCGACAACAAUCGUCGCUUCAUCACCACAUCCGACGACAAAUCAUUGCGAGCAUGGGAAUACGGCAUUCCCGUACCCAUCAAAUACAUCGCCGAAGCAGACAUGUUCGCCAUGGUCCGGGCCUGCCCGCACCCUUCAGGCAAAUACGUCGCAUUCCAAUCGGGCGACAACCAAAUUGUGGUGUACGCUGCAACGGAUAAAUUCCGUCAAAACCGCAAAAAGGGGUUCAGGGGCCAUAAUAAUGCCGGAUAUGCGAUUGAUAUUACUUUCUCCCCCGAUGGACAAUUUAUAGCUAGUGGUGAUUCGGGUGGUUAUGCAUGUUUCUGGGAUUGGAAGACGGGGAAAAUGUAUCAUAAGAUUCAGGCUGGUGGGAAAGAUGGGUCGGCGGUUACGUGUCUUGAUUGGCAUCCUCAGGAGACUAGUAAAGUUGUUACUGGUGGGUUGGAGGGUGUUAUUAAGUAUUGGGAUUAGUUUGGGAAAUGGGUUGUGUAUGAUAUGGGCCUUUUCAUGACGCUGGCAGAACAUGGAUGUUUCAGAGAUGUGUUCUGAACUGGUGAUCUGGAGGAGUAUGUCGAUAAUCGAAUGGACACAAUGAUAAAUAUAUACGAUGAGGUCCGAUGAGGUCUCUGAAGUCCGGGUUCUAACUACUACAAGGAAUAUGAAUUUAGUUCAAAAUCGAAAUGCCUAUGAAUGCUCAAGAACCAAAUCAACCUCUUCCCCAGCGACUUCAAGGAUAUGCUCCGGCGCA